UGCCAUGCUUUGGAUAUAUUACGCUUUGCUCAAGACCAAUGUCAUGCUUCUCAUCACCAUUAACUCAGUUGGUUGCUUUAUCGAGACAUUGUAUAUAUGUUUUUUUCUCUUUUAUGCACCAAAGAAGGCUAGGAUGGAGAGUCUGAAGCUAAUUGGUUUAUUGAUAGUCGUUGGAUUUGGAUUGAUUGUCCUCCUAACUCAGCUCCUUGCAAGUGGAGGUACUCGUACUGUGAUAGUUGGAUGGAUUUGCCUUGUAUUUUCUUUGUGUGUUUUCGUUGCACCUAUGGGAGUUGUGCGACAAGUGAUUAAAACAAAAAGCGUAGAGUACAUGCCAAUUCUACUCUCUUUUGCACUAACUAUCAGUGCCGUUAUGUGGUUCUUUUAUGGCCUACUCCUUGCUGACUUCAACAUUGCGAUUCCAAAUGUACUUGGAUUCACCUUCGGUAUUCUUCAAAUGAUACUAUAUUUUGUGUACAAAAACAAGAAGCCACUUACCAAUGAAAAUAUAUUAACUUUGGAAGCAAAAAUCAGUCAAAAGGAGGAACAAAAGAUCCCAGAACAUAAAGAUCAGAAAACCGUCGAUAUUUUGAAGCUGGAAAAUUUAAUUAAUUCUGAUAUUCUUCCGGUGGUUGCCAAAUCAAACAAAAUUGUAGCUGUUGAACCUCAAGCUCCUUUAUAUGUGCCACAUCACACCAUUGAAGUUGCAGCUUGAGAACCAUAGCUUUUAAUUUUAACCACAGAAAGACAUGUUGUUGGAUCUUAAUUCCAUGUUUCGGUGUAUCUUCUUAAUAUAGUUUUUAACUUGUUGCAAACAGGCUAUCGCGCGUCUUUGCUUGAUAAAAACUUUAUCAGUCUCUUACCUAACAUACGUUUCAUUUU